AAGGAAGAGAUUAGUUUGUCUGUGAGCAGCCUGGUGCCGUAGAAGUAGAGUGAGGCACCCAGAGUUUACUUAGCGUGGUCCGCCUCCUGAUUCGCACAGCCUAGAGACUGGCUCCUAGGGCAGGAAGGAGUGAGGAGUUUCAUGUGGGCCACUCCCCUUCCCUUACUAGAGGUGCUGAAGUGCCAGGCUUCUGAGGCCUGAGCACCAAGUGGGGGAGUGUGGAGCUAAGAAGCAUGGGUGGGAAGCUCUGAGCCUAGGGUGCCCUGCUCUGCCUGGCUCUGGGAAGUCAUCCUACCUUGGUUUAGGUCCCUCCCAUUAAAAUUCUGAAACACAGGAUUACAAAGAGCAUUGUUUUCUAGAGUCUCACCAUGAGUGGCUGAUCAUUGUUCCCAGGUAUUGGGGAGGCCCAUGCCUACAUUGCAGGUGGACAGAAAGGUUUUGAAUUGUCACCUCAGGUGCACAGACCACAUAGUCCUGCCAGCCUUCAAAGUGACAGACUGUCAUGGAACUGGAGGGAAGGAAGUUGUGGAAGAUUUUAUGUGACGUGUUUGUCACUGUCUGAACUACUCAGAAUCACAAGAAAGGGACACUGGAGACCUUUGAAGAAAGAGUCACAGAGGAAGGAAAGUCACAGAUAGUGGAAAAGACCUUGGAAUUUGGUGUGGGUACACUUGCCUGCUGGGCUGCAGCUGGACAAGGAGGAUGGGCAGCUGCUAAAGCUGGGUGUUAAGGAGGGUCUCUGAGUCUGUUUUGUGCUGCUAUGACAGAGUUUCUGAGACUUGGCAGUUGAUAAAGAACAAAGUUUGAUUUCUUCCAGUUCUAGAGGUUGAAAGUCUUAGAUCAAGGGCCCAUGAUGAGUGAGGGCCUUCAUGUGUGACAGAGGCACAUGGGAGAGAGGGGAGGGACUGAACUUAUCCUUUAGGUCAGACUCAAUCCUGUGCUAAGGGUUGGGAAUCCAGUCAGGACGGCUCUGUCCUGUGAUCCAGAACCAUCCUGAAGGGUCCCACCUCUCAGCUCUUGCACUAGGGAUCACCUGUCUAAUUUUAGUGACUUUGGGGGAUGCACUCUAACCAUGGCAGAAGCAGUGCAGCUGUGGAGUGGUCCACACACAAAGGGCUUGGGUUCUUCUGAAAUAAUUUAUUGGAAUGGCUUUGGAAAGUAGACACCCAAGAGUUGAGCUCCCAACUGGACCCAGUGCUUGCUCCCUGUGAGCAAGAGCAGGACAGGUUGAAUCAGAGGAAGCCAUGAUUUGAAGAGGAGGCUGUUCUUCGAAUGUUUAGAAUCUAGUGUGUGGGUAGCACAGACAGCCCUUUAGGGGCUUUUCUUACAUGUUAGAAGUUACUCUGAGGAAGGUUUCCCCCUGGGUAUUGUGGGGUGUCCUGAGGUGGGGUGUCCAGGGCACUGCAGAGUGCUGAGGAGCAUCUCUGGCACCCACUCCUUGUUGGAGCAACCACACAUGUCCCAAUGUAGGGCCCAGUGUCUCCUGGGGACAGAAUUGCUCAAAGUGAGAGCCCACAGUUGGGGAUUAUCUUAAUGCUUCCUGCAUUUUGAAGUCAUUCCUGCAUGCAGCGACUCUGCUGACCUUCUCUAUUGCUCUAGCUUUUUUGGGGGAUGGGAUGUGUUGCCAGAGUAAGCACAGUUUUACUCCUUGUGGCCUGGUUCCAAUGUGUGCCUUCAUUUGUUCUGUGUGGAUUUAGGACUUAUUUCCUGUGUUGGGCUGGUCUAAGUCCUGCAAAAUUGGCCACAGAUUUGGAAUGUGUUUUUAACUUGCAUUUGAUUUCAGAGGUUUAGUAGGCCAUCUGCAGAGAGCUAGCACUGUCACCCCUGACGAGGGCUAGUAACUCGGUGCUCUCCACACCUCCUGGGAGCACAGUGGUCUUGAUGCUAACCCUUCCCUUUGCCAGAGAGAUUGAAGCUCAUGAGGUGAGGGAAUUUGGCUUAGGGUCACCCAGGGAAUGGACUGGCCAGACGGGGAGUCCCAGGCCCUUCCACUGUCCUGGUGGCACAGAGAAUGCAUGUGGGCUGGGCCCCACUGUUCUCCCAUGUUGCAAUUUUGUUGUCUCUGUGUGUAAGACCUUUUGUCCCAGGCAGGCCCAGUCCUGUGGCACGACUGUUCCUUUGGAAGGUGCUACAAGCAGUUGUGCCACUUUACCAUGUCAUUCACUAUAAUUGAUGUGAAUGGUGCUUUAGGCAGGAGGCCACCUCCUUGACAAGUGCUUUGCUUUAGUCUUUUUUUUUUUGGCAGUGCGAAGGAUGAACCCAGGGCCUUGGACAUGCUAGGCAAUCACUACCUCUGAGCCACAUCACAGUCACAUCCCAGCCCUUAACAAACAUGCUUAUUGACUUUGUUUGGAUCAGGAGGAUCCUGGAAUGUCUGGGAAGGUGGGACACAAAUGAUCUUGAGGGGUAGGGUAUGGAUGUCACCAAUAAACUAGGGAUGAGGGCAUGUAGAGGCUGUUCAUGAAGCAGCAUGUCACUGCCUUUGAAGUUGUGGGGCUUGUCCUGUGUCACAUUCCCUGCUGUCAAGGGGAGGAGCUGAACUGGGAAUGGACCACAGGCUCACAAUUCACAUGGGGACUGUGAUGUGGGUUCCCAUCUGGCCCUUGUGGUUUCCCAAGGUUGGGCAGGAGUGUAUGCCUUUUCAGGGUCUGCCUCCUUCCCUUUGGGAGAAUAAGGACCCAAGUGAUUUUGGAGGUCAUGGUUUAAGGGAGGACAAAACUCCUGGAGAUUAGGCCUAGGAGGCCCUCAUCUGAAGAAGCUAGAAAUUCCACACAUAGGCUCUGUUUGUUUAUGUUUUUUUUUGGUGGGGAGGGGUACCCGGGAUUGAACUCAGGGGCACUCAGCCACUGAGCCACAUCCCCAGUCUUAUUUUGUAUUUUAUUUAGAGACAGGGUCUCAUUGAGUUGCUUAGUGCCUCGCUAUUGCUGAGGCUGGCUUUGAACUCGCGAUCCUCCUGACUCAGCCUCUCCAGCCGCUGGGGCUGGGCUUACAGGUGUGCGCCACCACUCCUGGCUUGUUUAUGUUCUUGAGAAGAAAAAGUCCUUGUUACAAAACAGUCGAGAUUGGUCCUGGCCUUCUGCUUCUUGCCCUGUGAACUAAGUCCAAGAAGAACCAGUGACUGCGACGGAGACUGGGCCAGUCAAGUCAGUUGAUGGCUCCAAUGCCCUGCCCGAGGUCAUCUGCCUGCUGACUGCUACUGGAAGCUCUUUGUGGGCGGACUUGACUGGAGCACGACCCAAGAGACUCUGCGCAGCUACUUUUCCCAAUAUGGAGAAGUUGUUGACUGUGUUAUCAUGAAAGAUAAAACAACCAACCAGUCUCGUGGUUUUGGAUUUGUCAAAUUUAAAGACCCAAACUGUGUGGGGACGGUGCUGGCCAGCAGACCACACACCCUGGACGGCCGGAAUAUCGACCCGAAGCCAUGCACUCCUCGGGGAAUGCAGCCAGAGCGAACACGGCCAAAGGAAGGAUGGCAGAAAGGACCCCGGAGCGAUAACAGUAAAUCAAACAAGAUCUUCGUUGGUGGAAUUCCUCACAACUGUGGUGAGACAGAGCUCAGGGAAUACUUCAAGAAAUUUGGAGUGGUCACCGAGGUGGUUAUGAUCUAUGAUGCAGAAAAGCAGAGGCCUCGAGGUUUUGGAUUUAUUACUUUCGAGGACGAACAAUCAGUGGACCAGGCUGUCAACAUGCAUUUUCACGACAUCAUGGGCAAAAAAGUGGAAGUUAAACGGGCCGAGCCUCGGGACAGCAAAAGCCAAGCGCCCGGACAGCCAGGUGCCAGCCAGUGGGGGAGCCGUGUCGUGCCCAAUGCCGCGAACGGCUGGGCAGGCCAGCCCCCGCCCACGUGGCAACAAGGAUACGGCCCACAAGGAAUGUGGGUGCCAGCAGGACAGGCAAUUGGUGGCUACGGACCACCUCCUGCGGGAAGAGGAGCCCCCCCACCGCCCCCUCCGUUCACCUCCUACAUCGUGUCCACCCCUCCUGGCGGCUUCCCCCCUCCUCAGGGCUUCCCACAAGGCUAUGGUGCCCCACCACAGUUCAGUUUCGGCUAUGGGCCUCCACCUCCACCGCCGGAUCAGUUUGCCCCUCCUGGGGUCCCUCCUCCUCCUGCCACUCCUGGGGCAGCUCCACUGGCCUUCCCACCACCUCCAUCUCAGGCCGCCCCAGACAUGAGCAAACCCCCAGCAGCCCAGCCAGACUUCCCCUACAGUCAGUAUGCAGGUUAUGGGCAGGACUUGAGCGGCUUUGGACAGGGCUUCUCCGACCCCAGCCAGCAGCCCCCUUCCUACGGGGGCCCCUCAGUGCCAGGGUCAGGGGGCCCCCCUGCCGGUGGCAGUGGCUUUGGACGAGGUCAGAACCACAACGUGCAAGGAUUCCACCCCUACCGACGCUAACCGCAGCGCCACACAACCCGCCCCGGCCGAGACCAGGAUUGGAGACUCGUGGACUGUGACAAUCACAACCUGGGGGGGAGGGGGGAGGGCAGAGGCUUCGGAGCUGGCUGUGGGUGACUGGACUGAAGUUUUUAAAUAUAUUUCUUUCUCUGACCCAUCAGCACAAUAAAAAAAAAAGUCACUGGUUCAACAACAGGGUUUAAAAAAAUGUCUUCAGCUUUAAUUAAAAACUUCAGGUUUCUUUUUCUUCUUCUUCUUCUUCAUUUUUUUUCGAAAUUAUUUUCCUGAGCCUUUUGUUUUACCGUAUAUUGUAAACUUUUAUGUUAAAGAAAAAAUAUACAUUUACAAAUUGUGAGAUUUUUAAGAGAAAAUUUUCUACGAUGUAUACUGGCUUAUUUUUUAAUUUAAAAACAGGGUUCGGUCGGCACUGGUGGGAGGGGGGGUGUUUUUAGGUCCCCUCGAUCCUGGCUUGGGGGUUGGGACUUGUUGGUCCAGAAACUCUGGGAGCUAAAGAAAUCUACUGAGUGUGUUUUGUUUUUUGUUUACUCCUUGCUUUUGUCGGCCGGCCUGCCUGGUAGCAUCUGCAGUGCGCUGUGGAGGUGGGUCACUCUUGGCUGGCCACGUGGCAGCACUGACUUCCACAGCCUGGACCCUGUGCAGCAGGCACAGUCUUGCUAGAAGCCCACCUCCUUGGCACAUGGCUUUAGGGCGUUUCCCACUGACCAGUUUGACCCUGGUUUGAAUAAAGAGAAGUGCGUUUGGAUUAGAAA